AUGGGUGUGAAUCAGUCGUGCAGAUCGCCGGUGUUUGAUGAAGAUGAGGAGGUUUCCUUUGACCACUUUCAGAUUCUCAGGGCCAUCGGGAAGGGAAGCUUUGGAAAGGUGUGUAUCGUACAGAAGAAAGACUCACAGCAGCUGUACGCCAUGAAAUACAUGAACAAACAGACGUGCAUCGAAAGAAAUAUAAUCACUAACGUCAUGAGAGAACUUCAGCUGAUGCAGCGACUCCAACAUCCAUUCCUCGUCAACCUCUGGUAUUCCUUUCAGGAUGUGGAGGAUGUGUUUAUGGUGGUGGAUUUGUUGUCAGGUGGUGAUUUGCGGUUUCAUUUACAGCAGAAUGUUCGAUUUAAAGAGGAAAUGGUGAAACUGUACGUCUGUGAGCUAGCGUUAGCACUCUGUUACCUGCAGCGCUCGCACGUCAUUCAUCGAGAUGUAAAGCCGGACAACAUUCUCUUGGAUGAACAUGGUCAUGUGCACAUUACUGAUUUUAAUGUGGCUACAGAAAUAACCGCUUCAGAGAAAGUCACAUCUAUGGCAGGAACUAAACCGUACAUCGCUCCAGAAGUGUUCCAGUCAUUUGUUGAUGGUGUUUCUGGUUAUUCUUACGCUGUGGAUUGGUGGUCUCUUGGGGUCACAGCGUAUGAGCUUUUGCAAGGGGCGCGCCCGUAUGACAUCCACUCCAGCACGACAGUAGGUGAUGUCAUCAAUAUAUUCCGUGAGCAGCGUGUGUGUUAUUCCUCUAACUGGUCAAAAGGAAUGACAGAUUUACUCCGUAAGCUCCUGAUGAAAGAUCCUGUGAAUCGUUUGUCAUGUUGGUCUGAUAUUCAGAACUGUCCAUUUCUGUCUGAUGUGAACUGGGACGCUGUACUGAAGAAAUCAGUCUUACCUGGAUUCGUUCCCAAUAAAGGUCGUCUGAACUGUGACCCCACCUUUGAGCUGGAGGAGAUGAUUCUGGAGUCAAAGCCGCUGCACAAGAAGAAGAAACGUCUGGAGAAAAGCAGAAAUAAACACUCCAAUCCUCUGCCCGCACACAUACAGACGAGUUUAGACACACUGAGAGACGAAUUCAUCAUCUUUAACAGAGAAAAGUAA